GUUUUUACACGUGAACCACAGAAGCUAAUUGUGCUGUACUUUUGAGUUUUCAGCAAACCAGGAUGGACUGACAUCCUGCAGGAUCGUCCACCGGACCGGUUUCCUCAUCACAUGACCCACUCAGAUCUGCGCCUGUGGACAUCCGCAAAAUGGAGGACCGUGAAGCUAAGGAACCUGAGCAGCUCAGAAAGCUGUUUAUUGGAGGUCUGAGCUUUGAAACCACGGAGGAGAGUUUACGGGCCCAUUUUGAACAAUGGGGAACGCUCACGGACUGUGUGGUGAUGAGGGACCCCAACAGCAAGCGAUCAAGAGGGUUUGGCUUUGUAACGUACUCCUCUGUAGUGGAAGUCGAUGAUGCCAUGAAAGCAAGGCCUCAUAAAGUAGAUGGCCGAGUUGUUGAACCCAAGAGAGCCGUCUCCAGAGAGGACUCCAAUAAACCAGGUGCCCAUCUGACAGUGAAGAAGAUCUUUGUUGGUGGUAUCAAGGAGGAUACUGAGGAGUACCACAUCCGGGAGCAUUUUGAAAAAUAUGGAAAGAUUGAAUGCAUUGACAUCAUGGAGGAACGCUCCACUGGGAAGAAGAGAGGAUUCUGCUUUGUCUCUUUCGAUGACCAUGACACUGUUGACAAAAUUGUUGCCCAGAAGUUCCACACAAUCAACUUCCACAAUUGUGAGGUCAGGAAAGCUCUCUCAAAGCAGGAAAUGAGUGCCAUAUCCAGUAACAGGGGCCGGAGUGGAGGAUCUGGAAACUUCAUGGGCAGAGGUAGUAAUUUUGGAGGUGGUGGCAAUUUUGGCCGAGGUGGCUAUGGCGGAGGAAGAGGUGGUUAUGGAGAUGAUUUUGACAAUGGUCCAGGAGGAAAUUAUGGUGGUGGACCAGGUUAUGGAGGAGGCCGAGGCGGCUACGGAGGUGGUGGUCCAGGGUAUGGCAACCAGGGAGGUGGAUUUGGUGGCAGCUGUGAUGGCGGCUACGGUGGUAAUGAUGGAGGUUACGGAGGGGGUGGAAAUUACAAUGACUUCGGAAAUUAUGGUGGACAACAGUCAAACUAUGGUCCCAUGAAGGGAAACAACUUCGGUGGUAGAAACUCGGGUGGUCCCUAUGGCGGUGGCUAUGGCUCUGGUGGCGGCGGCGGAGGUGGCUACGGCUCGCGGCGGUAUUAAUUAUUUCAUGUUUUGGCUUCAGUUCUUAGCAGGAGAGGCGAGGAGGUGAGCAAAGGAAUUGUCAGGAAAGCUGCAGGUUACUUUGAGGCAGUCAUCUGAAAGCAUUAGAGGAACACACAAGUCAGACAUUACUGCAGCAAGAAGGACUGUGUACACAAAACAUGAGUGCAGAUGAUACCCUUCCCUAAUUGUGAUAGAUGUUUCCCUACAAAGAAUUUUUUCCUUUUGUGCGUCUGAAGUGUGUGUGUAUUGUGCCUAUGGUAUCAGGGGUAAAAAGUGAAUUGUUUUUUUUAUCUAAAGUCAGUUCUUUAUAUCUUUAUUUUUCUUUUUCUUUUUUUUUAUAUCGGUUAGUUUUCUGCUGGCCAAUUAAUCUUUUGUCUUUUAACCUGGUUUUUGUCAAAUAGUAUAGUUGUAUCAGGCCCUCAGAUGAGCUAGAAUUACACUAUUUUUUCUUUCUGAAGUUAUUAUGAUUGCUCAAGUGUCAAGUGUAUUUUGCUUUUUUGUAUGUGAAGCACAGUAUGUAAAUCAUUCGUAGUACCAGUGUCAACCAAUAUAAGCAGUCUGGAUUAGAAUUAAGGGAAUCCCUCACUCUUCCUGUUCCCAGCAAACCGAAUUCUAGAUUGUUCAAAUAUUUUGAUUAGUAGAAAAAGACCGAAUAAAAUUGUGUAGUAAAGUAACAUGAGGUUCAGUGCGUCAUUGGUUCAGAAAAAGAUUAAAUGAGUUAUUAAUUUA